AUGUCAACGCCGGAAAAUAAGUCCUAUCUUGCCGCCGGAUUAAAUGCUAUUUCUCCGUGGGGCUCGCGAAGCACGACACCGAAAUCUACACCCGCACCCGGUCCGAAAGAACCGGUAUUAGGACAGCAGCAAGGUGGUGAUCAUGUGGUAAGCCACAGUCAUAGACUUAGUCUACGAAAAUAUCCAAAGGAUUGUCCCAGGUUGGACGUCAGGUGGUAUUAUGCCGUGGAUGUCCCCAAACGAAAGCCCCAGCUCCUGGACCAAAAGGAGUCAAAGGGCACCAAACCCGCUCCGCCGCCAAAAAAAUUUGUCCCUUUCUCCAUCCACGAUUCUAAAGCAAUAGAGGUCACAUUCCAGAAGCUAGCGGAAGAAGAGGACGACCAAUCGGUUGUUUUCCCGGGGGCUGAUGCUGGCGAUCUCGGCACGACACCCGGUAAGCAGGGCGCUCGCAAUGAGAAUACGAGCUUGGAUGAUGGAGGUAUCGAGGAACGCGCCGCAAAGGCCAAAGUAGCCGUUCACGAGGAUUACCUUUUUGAUGUGGAUGUUGAACAGAGAGAGCUGGCUCCCGCGUACUGGCUGGGACCUAUAUACGAGGUCAGGAGAGGCACAUGGUUCUAUCAAGAGGGCUCGAGUCUCCGCCCAUGUGAUGAGAACCUCGCGACGCAGCUUGAGGAAGGAUAUCUACGAGUGAAGCCAUGGCAAGCAGCCCAACAAAGUAAUCUGCCCAUGAGCACCCCGAAUAGAUCUAGGUCUUCGUCAUUGAUGGCUUCCAUCGAAGGCCAAAAUGCCAGGAGCGCUCCAUCCUCAAGGUUUGUGACGCCAAAGCCUUCUUCAGAAAAUCUAAAAGUUCCGUCUGGAGAAGUCGAUCCAGAUUUGGCCAACUCAAAAGGAGCAUCACCGGCGCCAGCAAAUCAGCUUCACACACACAGACUCUUUGGUACAUAUAUGAAUUCUGUGGUCACAUACCAGGAUGACAGGACUGCAUGGUUGCUGAGUGAUGAUUUCAUGUCUCGAAUGAGCAGCAGUAUGUAUCAGCGUUUUGCUGGAGGUGGCCAUCUCGGCGGUGUUAAAGUCAUCAGGGGUUACAGCGAACCGGGUAAAGUGAAAGAGCUGAAAGACUCUAAAUCGCCGAAGCAAGACAUGACUCCACCCCAAAAUGGAACGCCAGCGACGAAGGGCACGGUACUUGCUGAGGAUAUUGAUUUGAAGGAGAGUGCACCACAACUCGAAGCACUAAAAUGUCGUUCAGCCCCUCCUGAUAUUCAGGCGGAACAUCUCGCUCCAGGACCGCCAGAACCUGCAUCAAAACCUCAAAGGCAGGCAUUGGAGCGGAGGGUCUCAUCAUUUGUGGAGACAAACGAACCUGAAGACCCUGAAAAGGCAGAAGAGGAGGUCAGAAAACUUGAUGAGAAAGAAAUCAGAGAUGAUUAUCGAGAUACUGAUGGAGAAGAACAAGGUCGAGAAAUCGGCCACUUGCUCUUGGUCACUCAUGGAAUUGGUCAAAGACUAGGUCUUCGAUUGGAAAGCGUUAAUUUUGUGCAUGAUGUCAAUGUGCUGAGAAAAACGCUGAAAGCUGUCUACUCGUCCUCAGCAGAUCUCCAAGCUCUAAAUAAUGAGCUUGAAAAGUUACCCAAAAAUUGCCGCGUGCAGGUGCUCCCUGUUUGCUGGCGUCACCUCUUAGAUUUCCCCAAGCAGGGGCUGAAAAACAAUCGGAAAGAACAUGAUUUGGGUGAUGCGGAUGAUUUUGGAGACGAGGAAGAAUAUCCGAGCUUAGCGGACAUCACAGUGGAAGGCGUGCCAGCGGUGCGGAGUCUAAUCACUGACCUUGCGCUGGACAUUCUGCUUUAUCAAAGCGCUUACAAAGGCCACAUUUCCGGCAUCGUUCUCCGCGAAUGCAAUCGCAUUUACAAACUUUUUCUUGAGCGCAACCCCAAUUUUAACGGAAAAGUCAGCCUUGUGGGGCACUCCCUAGGUUCCGCCAUAAUGUUUGAUAUACUGUGUCGCCAAAAAGAAGAAAAGCACCUUCGUGCACAAGCUCGUCAAAGGCAUGUUAGCAUGCGAGACCAUCCUCAACAAGAGUUGCAGCUCAAUUUUGAAGUCGAGAAUUUCUUCUGUUUGGGCUCCCCAAUUGGGCUAUUCCAGAUGCUGAGAGGUCGCACUAUUGCUGCACGGCAGAGCUCAAAUUUCGCCCCUGCGGAAACGCCCACAGAUUCCGAAGAAGUUGAAGAUCCUUUCCUCAGUGCUCCACUGUAUUCGGGCACAACUGACACGAAGUGGUCGGAGACAACACUUCUUCCCGUCACUAUAUCAUCGCCAAAAUGCAAUCAGUUGUUUAAUAUUUUCCACCCAACAGAUCCCAUUAGCUAUCGCAUAGAGCCCCUUAUAUCUCCAGCGAUGGCAUCCCUCAAGCCGCAGCCGCUUCCAUACACAAAGCGAGGCAUUUUUGGUGCACCAAUUGGCCAAGGUCUCACGGGAAUUGGAGCUAGAGUUGGUCAGAGCGUUUCCGGAUUCUGGUCAAGCUUAAGCACUGGAAUUGCGAGCAGUCUACUCAAUCGAAGUUUGGGCAUUACCGGCGACGAGGCAAAGGACACUUCAUCAGCAAGCAGCUCACGAAAUUCACCAUCUGUGCCACUUUCGCGGGUCCCACUUUCGGCCGCUGCCGGUACCAAUAGUAUUGGGGGAGGUGUGAUUCCUGCAGAGAAUGUCCAGUCCAGCCUGGAAGAAGUUAUGGAGGAUGAUAGGAAGCGGCGACUAGCGGAAGGCGCCCUGUAUGUUGAUCCGGCCGUCGAUCAUCCACCAACCCUGAUUGAUUCCGAAAUCGAGACAUUAUAUUCCGGGUUUCAGAAGCGAAGAAAGAGCCAUCAAAGCGAGCACGGGAUUGAUCCGAGUUGGCAGGAAGCUGAGGAGAAAGGAAGAAAGCUCAGACGUGAGGAAAGUAAAGUACGCGCCUUGAACAGCAAUGGCAGGGUCGAUUUCAGCAUUCAAGAGGGCGUCUUUGACAUUUCCUUAAUAGCCAGCAUCGCAAGCCACUUGUCAUACUGGGGUGACGAAGAUGUUACCCACUUCAUGCUCUCACAGCUCCUCUCAGGACCUCGCCAUUUACGUCGCUAG